AUGGCUAGUGUAGUCCACCACUCUAGAGCGGUGGAGGUUGAUGAUCAGCUGUUUGGAAUUGAAAAUGACGUGAACGCCAGUGAGCCUUCGACUAUUCCACAAAGUGUAGGGGGUAACACGUCUAUAACAUUGGAUGUUGUCACAGAACCUUCUGCAUCAUCGAAGUUGACGAAUUUGUCCCAAGGUCAAGAAGAAGAACUUUGUCAUGUUAACACGACGGAUUUUAUGGAUUGUUCCGACUAUGACUGCACGCAAGGAAUUACAACUAGCACACCAAAAUUGUGCAAAGUACCUCUCACACAGCAAAGCACAUCGCUCAACGGUGCCGAAUAUUCAUCAGCCGCAAUAGAUUUAGAUGUUGAGAGUGAUGAGUCCGACUGGUUGGAAGGUGUUCCAGUUCCGAUAGACACAGAGGACACGAAUCCUAACAAUGACAAUUCAACGACGGAUACUACAGUAAGUCCAGUACUCAUAACUGGACGAAGAUUGGUUGAUAUCUCUUUCUUUCUGACAUCCAUCCAGCAAUGUGGAAAACACAGUCCUUUUGACUGUUCAUUUUCUGAUAUGUACAUUUGCAAUGAAAAACAAAUUGGAAUGAUUUUUGAAUAUACAUUGAUCUGCAAAAUGUGCAACAAAAAAGAAAAGAUUAGAACAGAAGACAGUUCACAUACAAACGAAAAGUUAAAUGUGAACACAGCCAUGGUCUCUGCUGUUACCAACAUUGGCCAAAAUUACUCCCAACUGGAAGAAUUAUGUUGUUGUCUUGAUAUGCCAUGCAUGUCACAAAAAACGUACGCUAGACAUCAACAGCUUGUCGAUUCUGCUAUCCACGACUGUACUUGGGAGAGCUUGGAGGAAGCAGCACGUGAAGAGGCAGAGUUAGCUGAAGCUGCUGGCUGUGUCGACAGCGAAGGAGUACCAGAGAUAACGGUCAUUAUUGAUGGGGCUUGGUGUAAGCGUUCCUACAGGACCAACUACAAUGCUUUAUCAGGCGUGGGUUGUAUCAUUGGCAUGAAAACCAAAAAAAUACUGUACAUUGGAGUUAGAAACUCAUAUUGCUGCAUAUGUGCUAGAGCUAAAGGCAAACAAUUGACUCCACCUGAGCAUGUGUGCUAUAAAAAUUGGUCAAAGACGUCUACUGCCAUGGAAAGCGACAUCAUUGUGGAAGGCUUUAAAAAAAGCAAAGAAAUGUAUAAUCUGAAGUACGUGAACGUGAUCGGAGAUGGCGACAGCAGUGUCAUGACAAAGUUAGUUGAAACUCAACCUUAUGGGCCUUCAACAACGAUUACCAAAAUAGAAUGCACUAACCAUUUGUUGAGAAAUUACGUAAAGAAAUUGCGAGAGGUUGGGGACCAGAAACGCAACGAAGUUGGACCUGUUCCUGGAGAACUGAGGAACAAAGUGAAAACUAAUCUCCUAAGACUGAGAUAUGCAGUAACUGGUGCAGUUAAACAUGCAAAAUCUAAGGAAGACAUACCAGUGCAUGAGAGAGUCAGGCAACUGAAGGAGGACAUAGCAAACGGCCCUCGGCAUGUAUUUGGGGACCAUUCUAAUUGCAAAACCUACUUUUGCUCUGGCCCCAAAGAGAGAGAAUUAAAUGUAGUAGGAGAAUUGAAGACAUACGGUUUGUGGAACCAUAUAAUGGCUGCCAACAGUUACCUUAACUUUUUUUCAUUCUCUCUUCUUCAAUGCGUAACUACCAAUCUAGCCGAGUGUUACAAUGCUCUAGUUUGCAAAUUUGUGGCAGGAAAAAGAGUUAACAUGUCACAAAGAAACUCUUACAACACCAGAAGUGAGAUGUCAGCACUCUCAAUGAAUAUGAAGGAAGAAGCACUUCGCAAACUUUAUAAAAAGAUGACAUUUGGUGUCAGUCCAGGGAAAUAUUCAAAGUUAAUUAGCUCACGAAAACAAAAGAAGAGAUUGAAACCAAAAAAAAAAGUGAUUGGUAAGUCAAAGAGAAACACUUGCCUUUUCCCCGACGCGGAUUAUGGAGACACUGAGACCACUCCUGACCUUGAUGACGACCAGUUUCAGACUAGGAAAAAUGAGCUUUUGCAUUCUCUUGAGAUGAAUGAAGAAAAGAGAUUACAGCUAGAGAGAAAUUCGAGAGGUCAAAGCCUGUGUGAUUUAUGGGUAAAAGAGAGAAAAAAAAGGAUCACUGCAUCAAAUUUUGGAAGGAUUUGUAAAAUGCGCUCAACAACGUCCUGUCAGAAGUUGGUUGAGCAACUAUUGUACAAGCAAUUUUCAGGAAAUUCCGCAACAAGAUACGGCUUGGAAAAUGAAAAGCAUGCAAUCGCAGAACUAGAGGAACUGAUUCUUGAGAAGGUGGAAGAGUGUGGCCUAUUCGUUGACAGGAUGCAGCCAUUUCUUGCCGCUUCACCCGAUGGUGUAAUGGAGGGCUUGGGUUUAGUAGAGGUCAAAUGUCCUGCAUCAGCUAAAGACCUGACGCCAGCUGAUGCAGUUGUUGAAAAGAAAAUAAAGUUUUGUGUGCUGGAUGAAGAAAGGAAUCUAAAAUUAAAACGGAGCCAUUCCUACUACUACCAAAUCCAGGGACAGCUCCACAUAACACAACAAAAAAAUUGUUGGUUUUUGGUGUGGACUAACAAAGGCAUGUCCAUAGAGAAAAUCGUGAGGGACGACCAGUUUUGGGAAAGCAAAAUGGAAAAACCCCUGACUAAUUUUUAUUUCAAAUGUGUAUUGCCAGAGCUGAUCGACCCAAGACACCCUCGGGGACUCCCAAUAAGGGAUAGGUUUUGA